AUGGCGGAUGCCUCCAACACAGUCGCACAACCCGGCAUCGCUGCACUUGCACCCCCAACAAUAAGACAACUGGGCUCCGGCCAAGUCCUCGUCGAUCCCAGCUCAGUCGUGAAAGAACUCAUUGAAAAUGCUCUCGAUGCCCGUGCAAAAAGUAUCUUUGUUGAUAUUUCCGCCAACACGAUCGAUUCUAUCCAAGUCAAGGACGACGGCCACGGCAUCCCAAGUGAAGACCGAUCUCUUGUAUGUCGCCGUUACUGCACGAGCAAGAUAAGGGAUUUGAACGAUCUGAGAGAAAUAGGAGGCAAAUGGCUUGGCUUUCGUGGAGAGGCUCUCGCAAGUAUGGCGGAAAUGAGCAGCGCGUUCAGUGUGACGACGAGAGUGGAGGGCGAGCCUGUUGCUGUCAAGUUGAAGUAUAGUCGGGGUGGGGAACUUGAAUCUGUCACGCAUGAUUCACAUCCCGUCGGCACAACUGUCAAGGUAACGGGUUUCUUCGACUACAUACCUGUUCGGAAACAGACGGCGAUUAGGAACGUAGCGAAGUGUCUGGCGAAGAUUCGACGGCUGAUGCAGUCAUAUGCUCUUGCCAGGCCGACUAUUCGAUUUAGGCUUCGUGUGCUCAAGGCUAAGAAUAGUAAUGGCGAUUUUAGCUAUGCUCCGAGAGCUCAUGCUGAUGUUGGAGAUGCUGUGCUGAAGACGUUCGGUAGAGACUGCGCUGCCCAGUGCGAUUUCACUACUGCAGAAGCCGAUGGCUUCGAGAUUCGCGCUUUUCUUCCCAAACCAAUAGCGAUUGGGUCGAAGAUUUCAGGCCAUGGCAGCUUUGUCGCGGUUGAUGCACGGCCGGUGUCGAGCAAUCGUGGGACUAUCAAGCAGAUGGUUCAUGUUCACAAACAACGACUUGGGAAAGCAAAUGCCUCUCUUACAGGUGUUAGAGAUCCCUUUUUCUGCAUCAACAUUAUUUGUCCGCCUGGAAGCUAUGAUCCCAAUAUCGAGCCGGCCAAAGACGACGUUAUGUUUGAGGACAGUGACAUCGUUUUGGGGGUCUGGGAAAAGUUGCUGGGUUCCUUCUAUCCUGAGGCAGUGGUCAAUCUCGAUGAAGAUGAGCCGUCUUUGUAUUUCCAGCAGAACUGUCAGAUUGAGCCAGGGAAUAUAGUGGAGCAGAAUCUGGACGAAAUCACAUCUGAAUCACACAACACGAGUGAUCAGAACGAAGCAUCAGUCUCUGCGCCACAGCCAAGGUGGAGACACAGCAUGUAUGGCAUUGACGAAGAGGAUCUGGAGUUCUUGAAGGACGACUGUACUCCUAUCAUUGACGAAGAAGAGGGACGUUACGCCGCAGAAGUAUCCAACCCUUGGACUAUCGCUCGAAUGAACGCUGCGAUCAAACCCAGGGGGUCCGCUAGCAAUGGGCGACUUUUGAGACCAGCGAAAAGUACUGGAAAUGUUGAUUCAAGUUCUAGUCCUAGGAUACUUGCAACACCUAAUCGAGUGGUUUCACCAGAACCUUUGACGCCUCAGACAUCUUCGAAGGCGAACAUGGUGCAAUCAGUGCUAGAUGAUGAGCUUCAACGUAGCAUACAACGCUUACCUCCGCAGUCAUCGGGAGCCGAAAAGGAGAAGUACCAACCUCUGUCCUACGGUCUGAGACCCGAGCACCAGAAACCCGGACAUCGCAAUUGA